CGUAGCUGCUCUUUGACAGUUAGUUAGGUUAAAAUAAACGUGCCGACUUAUAAACAUAAAAUGAAGUUAUUAUUAAUUAUUUAUUAUAAAUAAUGGAAAACUAUAGCAAAGGAAAAAAUGUCGAAGAACCUUUUGACAAAGAUAAUAUUCCUAUCCCAAACUUACAACCAGACUUCCUUUGGAUGCAUGUCAAAGGAGGCACCAAAAUAUUCAAUGUGUUACAACAUGCUAGGAAAAUAUUUGAUAAAAAAGAAGCCCGACAGGUAGUUUGGUCCGCUAAUGGAGGAGGUGUCAGUAAAGCUAUUACCUGUGCAGAAAUUAUGAAAAGGGAUUAUUAUCCUUUACAUCAGAUAACUAAGAUUUGCUACACGAAAGUUGAAGAGUAUUGGGAUCCAAAAAUAGAGGAUUUAGAGCAAAUCGUGGUCACUAGACAAAUUCCAGCAAUACAUAUAUUAUUAAGCAUAGACGAGAUAGAUACAAAUGAACUUGGAUAUCAACCUCCGGACAGUACUAAUACAUUCUGGAAUACUGACACAGGUCCGUCACAGCCUGUAAAAAAAUUUAAACCAAGAUUCGAUUACUACAAAUCAAACAGUGGAUCAGGAUCAAGACAAUCACCGAAUGUUGCUGAAGAAUUUGCUCAAAUGGGUUUACAAUCCGGUGAAACAAAGAAGAGGCUGAAAGCCAAUGAUUUUAAAGGCCCUGUGACAGAAAUCUCAGGGAUGCAGAACUAAUAACAUGUCGUUUAAAACGUGUUGAACAACUAUGCCAGUUGCCAACCUCUGUACUUCAGCAACU